AUGGAUGCUGGAAACUUGUUGAAGCCAAUGCUUGGAAGGGGGGAACUUCGAUGUAUAGGAGCAACUACAUUGAAUAAGUAUAGAAAAUACAUUGAGAAGGAUCCUGCACUUGAGCGUAGAUUUCAACAAGUAUUUUGCUGUCAACCAUUUGUUGAAGAUACAAUAUCCAUUCUCCGAGGGUUGCGCGAGCGUUAUGAAUUGCACCAUGGAGUCAAAAUAUCAGACAGUGCACUUGUUUCAGCCGCAGUCCUUGCAGAUCGAUACAUCACGGAACGCUUCCUACCAGACAAAACUAUUGAUCUUGUCGAUGAAGCUGCUGCAAAACUGAAGAUGGAGAUCACCUCUAAGCCUACAGAAUUGGAUGAGAUAGAUAGAGCGGUCUUGAAACUGGAGAUGGAAAAACUCAAUGACCUUGAUAUUACUGAGAUUGUAAGCCAAUGGACUGGUAUACCACUAUCAAACCUCCAACAAACAGAGAGAGAAAAGUUAGUUUUGCUGGAACAGGUUCUUCAUAAGAGGGUGAUUGGUCAGGAUAUUGCUGUAAAAUUCGUGGCUGAUGUUAUUCGCCGUUCAAGGGCUAGAUUGUCUGACCCAAACAGGCCAAUUGCAAGUUUUAUGUUCAUGGUUCCAACCGGUGUUGGCAAAACUGGGCUUGGAAAGGCUUUGGCCAAUUACUUGUUUAACACAGAAAAUGCUCUUGUUAGAAUCGAUAUGAGUGAGUACAUGGAGAAACACGCUGUUUCACGUUUAGUUGGGGCUCCACCUGGUUAA